AAACCAACCAUAUUUAUGCGCCCGCCAAUACCCUAAAGAGUCUCACUUCCUUGUACCUCGUGAAAUCACCACAUAGGCGCUGCUAGGGUUUCUGGUCUUCAGUUCCGCCACCAUUUGAACCUAGUUAACCCGGGUCACGGCCAGGGAUUAGCCAUGGGCUCUGAGGCUGUGAAUCCGAAGGCUUACCCUUUGGCUGAUGCUCAGCUGACCAUCACCAUCCUCGAUAUUGUACAGCAGGCUUCCAACUACAAGCAGCUUCGCAAGGGAGCGAAUGAAGCCACCAAGACGCUGAACCGCGGCAUUGCGGAGUUCGUCGUCAUGGCGGCCGACGCGGAGCCCCUCGAGAUUCUGCUGCACCUGCCGCUGCUGGCGGAGGACAAGAACGUGCCGUAUGUAUUCGUGCCGUCGCGGGAGGCCCUGGGCCGCGCGUGCGGAGUGUCGCGGCCGGUGAUCGCGUGCUCGGUCACUUCCAACGAGGGCAGCCAGCUCAAGUCGCAGAUCCAAAACCUCAAGGACGCUAUUGAGAAGCUCCUCAUCUGAGUUCCGCUAAAAGAGGAAGGCCUAGUCAGCCUCUUCGCAUGAAUUGUAUGUACCUUCGCUGGUAUCUGAUAGCCUUGCAUAAAUGAAAAAUCUUGGUACAAACCAUUGUUAUGGAACAUCUUGGUUGCGUAUCUCCCCCAUAUGUAGCUCAUGCCCUGACACGUAGUUUACAGCUAUCGAUUCAGCUUGUGGAGGAUACAGUAAUAGGACUGCAUCGCG